AUGACAGACGCCAGUGGUAGACACCUUACCACAUCACGCAUCAACCGUUUGCUGAGACCUUUGCGCAACAAGUGCUUGAGUUUGAGCAAGUUCUUAACCACCACUCGACAUAGUGCCUCUCGCAGCGCGUCCUUGUCGCAUAGUCAAGACUGGCCGCUCGAAUCUCCUGCACCACUUGCUCUCCUUCGGCAACCGCCCUCUGCCACUAGAGGGAGCUUGCAUUUCGACAGAGGUUUUGCAGAAGACCUGGAGCUUUCUCGCUUGAUAUACGCACUAUGCGAUGCAUUUCGAUGUCUCCUCCAGGUCACGCACGGGACGGUGCCAGGGGAGCCAAUCCCCAGCUUGGCAGCUAUGUGUUGUUUCGUAGUCGGAGAAAACGUUCCGCUCAGUGGCGUCGGCAGGCGUGACGGCCAAGAGGAAGUUGUAGAUGAAGAUGAGCUGAUGAAAACCGUGGAUGGCAUCUACGACGCAAUUCCAACCUAUUAUCGAAGACACUCGAUUGCGUCUCAUGCGCUUUUCCUUGUGUUGGAAAUUUGUCCACACCACCACACGCUUGCCAGCACUCUUCUAGACAUCUGCUUGUCUUUUGGUCUAGUCCACGAAUCCCGUCGUUUGCUCGCUGUAAUCCUUGAAAAUGCAUUCCUGUCCACGACAUCUCCUCCUCCAAUCACACACCCAGGCCAUGUCUCCUACCUAGCUGAUCUUCUCGCUAAAUGGAUAUCCGGAAACAGCAACAUAAUCCCCUCCAGCACAUUUCCACUGUUUUCGGUCUCAACGUUUUCGCGGGCGGUUAUUGAUGUCCUAGCUCGUUCAGACGUCUCUUUAUGGGCAAGCAAAGCGGUCUCUAGGUUCGCUCGCAGUGUCGAGGUGCUCGACAUCGACUCGUUUCUUACCCUCCUGGAUUCUUUGGUUGAAACCAUACAUAAUUAUCAUACUGCGUGUCAGUCUGGAAAAGGGAAGGAGAAGGAAAGCCCAAAUAUUGUGGUUAUCCGCGACUGCUUGCAUGAUUGGAUGAACAGGCUGUUCGCAGUCACUGCUAGUGCCUCUGCAGCACUCACAGAUCGAUCCUGCUGUCCCGAAAUGGACUCCGUCGUUAUGUUACUCGAUCGAUGUCGACGCUACGGAAUGCAUACCUUGAGGCUGGACUCUUCCCCUCAACUUUCUCAAGCUGAACUUCCUGACACGAUCACGAUCCUCGCCACACACCUUCACGUUAUAUAUUCACUGGCGGAUUAUGAUUCAUAUCUCUUGCAUCUGCUUCGUGAGGUUUCACCUAUUCCUACAACGUUUACUCCUCUCGUUGAGCAUAUGUAUCGGAGUUCCGCACAAGAUUUUAUAACGUCGCUACAACAAUCCUCGUCGGCUUUGCGGAUUCACGAUUUACUCCAGCUGGAUGCCUCCCUGUGGGCUUGUGCCCUCCGUGUCUUCGAGAGCACCCCGAAAGGCACCUCCAAAGAGAUGCAGAGAGUCAAGCUUCUCCUGAUUGAUGCCGUAGACGAGGCUGAGCGGCGGUUAUUUGGAGCUGGUCCAUCCGACAGCAGCCCAGCUGUUCGUCUACCAGGACAGAGCAAGAGAUCCCGCCACACGCACCAUCGUAGACCGAGUGGAGAAUGGGAGUGGGAGGAAAUGGUUGGCUGCUGGAUCCGGAAGACGCCUGCUCAUGUUCAAAAAAAGCGAAAGAGUGUC